AUGUCGGCGCGGAAUCCCUCCCUCGACUCGAUAGCUCGUGCCCGCGCAGGGGGCGCCCGCACCCCGAGUCCGACACCCAGCGAACGGGAAGCACUUGCCCCACCUCGUCCCCUGAAAGAGCGGCUGAGGCAUCCGACAAAGAGAGAGCUCUACAUCCUCGGCAUCGUCCUCGUCGCCUUGGCUAUUGCCAUUACGAUCGCAAAACUGCACGACAAGAUCGCAUAUGGCCUUCAACCUCUGGGGCAGUGGAUGCGGCAUCACCGCGGCGGCUGGGCCAUACCCGUUGCAUUCCUAAUCGUCAUGUCGUUCCCUCCGCUUGCCGGACACGAGCUCGUCGCCACAAUGUGUGGCCUUACCUGGGGUCUCGGCCUGGGCUUUCUCAUCGUGUGCUUGGGCACAUGGCUCGGGGAGCUUGCGCUGUUCGUUGCCUGUCGGUACUUCCUCACAAAACGCGGCGAGCGCUACGAGCGCAAGAACAUCCAAUUCGCCACGCUUGCUGCCGUCAUCAGGGAGGGCGGCUUCAAGAUCAUUCUGAUGGCGCGGUUCAGUGCUAUACCACCCCAUUUCACGACCGCCGUGCUGGCCACGUGCGGCACGUCGAUGCCCAAGUUCCUCCUCGCCACAUUUCUGGCGUUGCCCAGGCAAUUCGCACCUGUAUAUAUCGGCUACACGCUCGAGCAGUCUAUCGAGGGCGGUACGUUUUCCUCUUCCUCUCGCCUUACCGCGCCUUCAAAGCUAUUUAUUGCCAUUGAUUAA